UUAAUUUUGUAGUGUUUAGUUCUUUACUUUUUUAAAAAUAAAUUAUUUUAUGUUAUGUGACAAAUUAAAUAAUUAUUCUAGUGAAACAUUUCAAUACUAUCGACGAUACAAAUCUAAUUACCAAUAGCUAUAUAGUCGAACGUCACAUCGUUCGACCAUCAUUGUCGGAAAAAUCAACAAAACUCCUGAAAACUAUGACGAAACACUAUCCCACACCGUUUACGCCCAAAGACUCGACCGAAAUGUGCAUGCAGGUCAGAAAGCCGCUGUCGGCCUGCCACACGGAGAACUUUGUGUUCCUCAGGUUCCUCAUGCACCUCUUUGGGUAUACCGUUGACGGACCACCGACGCCGAAGGAUAAAAACGUACUAAUUGAAUCCGCCACGACGGAUAUUCGGACCGAGUUGCAUUUUUUGGAUGGUUAUCAACAUCUGUUCGAUGAAACAUUUAUGUCCGUGUUCCAGAAAAAGAGACGAAAAAGAGCCGUGGACGAUCAGUACGAUUUCGUGAUAGUAGGUGCCGGAUCUGCGGGCUGCGUCGUCGCAAACAGAUUGUCGGAGAUUAAAGACUGGAAGGUAUUACUCCUUGAAGCCGGGAUCGAGGAACCAGAAUUUUCUUCUGUGCCAGGUCUUGCACCUUUACAAUUAGGGAGCAAGAUCGAUUGGAAUUAUACAACACAGCCUGAUGAACACACGUGUAGGUCCAGACCAGGAGGUAUGUGUGAUUGGGCUAGGGGCAAAGUAAUGGGUGGGUCAAGUACGAUCAACUAUAUGAUUUAUACUCGAGGAAACAUGGAUGAUUAUAACGAAUGGGAACGUAUGGGAAACGAUGGAUGGGGGUAUGAAGAAGUUCUUCAAUAUUUCAAAAAAUCCGAGGAUAAUGAAGAUCCAGAAGUUUAUAAAAAAAACCAAAAGUUUCAUGGCAAAGGCGGAUAUCUUACGGUGGAAUGGUUUCCAUACGUAGACCCUACGGCAGUAGCUUUAAUAAAGGCGUGGCAAGAGAUCGGUUUGCAUUAUGUAGACGUAAAUGCCGAAAAUCAAAUAGGCGUAACUCAUUUACAAUCGACAGCUAGGCAUGGCGAACGAAUGAGCACUAACAAAGCGUUCAUAAGACCGAUUAGAAAAAAACGGAAAAACCUAACUGUUCUAACAGACGCGCAUGUUACUAGGAUAUUGAUCGAAAAGAAACGCGCUAUUGGGGUGGAGUUUUUGUACAAGAAAAAAAUUAGAACGGUGUUCGCAAAAAAAGAGGUGAUUCUGAGUGCCGGCAGUCUAAAUUCACCAAAAAUACUGAUGCUCUCCGGUAUCGGGCCUAAAAAACACUUGGACAAGAUGAAAAUUAAAGUUGUGAAGAACUUAGCCGUUGGGAAGAACCUACAAGAUCACGUUACGUCUGACGGUGUUGUAAUUCGCGUGAAAAAAACAGCUACUGACAAGCCGCUCAAAGAGAAAAAGGAAGACGCUGUUUUGUACAAAAAAAAAAGAAAAGGUCCUCUGGCGGCCACUGGCCCAUUACAAUGUGGAGUAUUCCUUCAAACUAAAUAUGAAGAUACACUGGAUCUGCCGGACAUAAAUUAUGCAUUUGACAAUGGCAACGAGAAAGAUUGGAUUAUCGACCCUGCAAAUGCCACAAAAUUCGGUAUGUCUCCUGUUUCUUAUUACGAAGCGAUUAACGUGAGACCGAUUUUGUUGAAGCCAAAAAGUAGAGGAUACAUAUUACUCAACGAAACUCAUCCAAUUUGGGGUCAACCACUGAUUUAUCCACGUUUCUUUACUAAAGGAAACGAUAUUGAUAUACUCGUUGAAGGCAUGAAAAUCGGAGCGAACCUGGUGAACACGGCGUCAAUGCGCAAAGCGGGGGCGGAACUAGUGGAUGUGCCGGCAAAGGCAUGCAAGGCAUACAAAUUCGGCUCGGACAAGUACUGGGCGUGUGUGGCCACCGAGUACACGGCCACCAUAUACCAUCCGGUGGGCACGUGCAAGAUGGGACCGGAACAGGACGAAGAAGCUGUCGUCGACCCGGAACUGCGCGUGCACGGUGUCGAGGGUCUCAGGGUGGUGGACGCUUCCAUCAUGCCGACUAUUGUCCGGGGAAACACGAACGCACCGACCAUAAUGAUUGCGGAAAAGGCUUCGGACAUGAUCAAGGAUAAAUGGCAUCAGCAUAUGUCGUCUAACGAUAACGCGGCUGAAAUCGACGAAUAACGAUCACGAUGUGUGAUAUAAUCAUAUUGUUAUUAUAUAUAUAUGGCGAUUGCGUAUUUGCGUCCAGUGACAGAACAGGUACUGUGGGCAGCAGUCCCCAAAAUGUAGUCAUUUUUGAAUUUUUCUCUUAUGUAUUACUCUUAGGGGUGAUCCCUGUCUGACAAUCAUGUAAGACUUACCCAUCAUACAAGCAUGUCAACACGAAGAAAUAUUGAUAGGACCUAAUAUUUUUCAAAAAAUCCCUGAAAUUAAUCGAGUAAUAUAAAAAAUAAUAUAGUGAAGACGUUCCUAUAUUUCGAUGUUAUCACAUUUUUAUAAAUAUAUAAUAUAACUUAUAUAUUUGGAAUUUAUGUCGUACUUCAAAGUGUUAGUUCUGAAUUGACCAAUCAAAGUUUAGUAAAACGUUUAAUUAGGUACACGGAUUAUAAGUUAAAAACUUAAAACCAAAAACCAAUAAGUAUGCAAUGAUUUGUGCUUUUGUAUCAAAGUUUUAUGUUUUAAGUAUAAUAUAUAUUAUUAUAAUUUAUAAUAUACAG